CUUAUUGUGAAUUCUGUGACUAUCAGAAUCACACGAUGACACGCAGAAUAUAAAUACAAUAACAAAAUCAAGUCUCCAAGUUCAAUCAUGCAUCUUCAUUUUAUAUACUAAAAUCGAUUGAAACAGUGAGUCUGAUAUUAUAAUAUAUUUGGUGUAAUAUGACGAAAAAGAAAAUUAAAUUAGAAGCUCAAGGGUCCCUUGCUCUCUUUUAAGCUGCGUUGUUCCCCUGUCAAUCAUGUUGGGGGCUUAGGUCUUGCAAAGGAUAGCCCUUGCUUUGGGGUCCAAGGAAUUUCGUUGCGGUUUCGUUGUUCAUCAAGUGACAAGUUGACAGGAUUUGAGCGGGAAAAGCUUCUGAAAGUAGCUUUUAAUUAAAGCAGUUUCUUGGAAAACACCUGUGUGUAAUGCUGAUUGAAUUUCUGCACUAAUCAGUCCAGCGAGCAUGAAUUCAACAUCCACACAGUUUGUUUCCACCAGGAGGAUGGGUGUAUAUGAUCCUAUCCACCAGAUUAGCAUGUGGGAAGAAAACUUCAAAAGCAAUUGUAGUUUAAGUGCAUCUAUGUCUUUAAUUGGUGAGGCAGAUGUGAAGUUAGAUACUCAGUCAGAGGACUCUUCUCAUGGUAUUCUCGGAAUUCCAAGGAAUUAUGACCAAGAAGCUAAUAAGUCUAUUGAAAAGAUACAAAGACGCCUUGCACAAAAUCGAGAGGCUGCUCGUAAGAGUCGUCUACGGAAAAAGGCUUAUGUUCAGCAAUUAGAAUCAAGUCGUUUGAAGCUGAUCAAGUUAGAGCAAGAGCUGGACCGAGCAAGACAGCAGGAAACAAAACUGCAGGGAUCUUUUAUAGGUUGUAGAUUGGAUUCUGAUAAUCUGGUAUUUGCUGGAUCUGUAAAUUCAGGUAUUGCAACCUUUGAGAUGGAGUAUGGGCACUGGGUAGAAAAACAAAAUAGACAAAUCUGUGAACUGAGAACUGCUUUAAAUGCUCAUAUCAGUGAUGUAGAGCUCAGAAUACUUGUAGAUGGUAUAAUGAAUCACUAUUCUGACCUUUUCCGCAUGAAAUCAGCAGCCGCAAAAGUGGAUGUUUUCUAUGUUUUGUUUGGCAUGUGGAAAACAACAGCUGAACGGUUUUUCUUGUGGAUUGGAGGAUUCCGCCCAUCUGAGCUUCUGAAGGUUCUUGUCCCUUUGAUUGAACCCUUGACAGAGCAGCAACGAAUGGAUGUUUAUAACCUUGGACAAUCAUGCCAGCAAGCAGAAGAUGCACUUUCACAAGGUAGGGACAGACUUCAGCAAAUUCUUGCUGAAACUGUUGCAGCCGGACAACUGGUUGACGGAACUUACAUUCCUCAGAUGGCUACUGCAGUGGAGAAGUUGGAAGCUUUGGUGAGCUUUGUGAACCAGGCUGAUCAUCUUCGGCAGGAAACCUUGCAACAAAUUCUUCGAAUCCUUACAAUUCGUCAGGCAGCUCGAUGCUUGCUUGCUUUAGGGGAAUACUUCCAACGCUUGCGAGCUUUGAGCUCUCUCUGGGCUAAUCGUCCUUCCGAACCACCUGCUUAGUCUCGCAAACACAGAACAAACUUGUGAUGUGAAACACAGACGAGGUUGGCCAUUGACUCAUACAACUAAAAAAGUGUCUUCUCCAAGACCGUGAAAGAAUGUGCCAGGCAUGGUGCAGGGCGCCCCCAAUUUUUCUAGCUACCCUAGCGUUUUGGGGAAGUUGUAAAUAUGAUCGUUAUAUAAAUAGGAGUAUGUGAAUAAAUUUAAGUUGGAAGCUAGGUGAUGCUGUCUAGAUGAAACAUCUAGAUUAUGUGAUGAGUUUUCAUGGAAAAUUGGCAAUGCAAAAGUAAAUGUGUAUAAAGAUGUGAUUUGCGUUCAGAAUAAAUCUAUAAAUUCCGAUUCCCAUGAUCCUA